UUUUCAGUCUUUUCCCGCCGCAUGGACAGCUUUGAAUAAAGAUUCCCUUGAAGAUUACAGCAAGCUUGUGAGAAAUGGUUUGUCAGAGGUGUUGGGUGACGUUCAACCAGAAAAAAUUUAUUAUGAUUUUCAUAAUAAAUUAUUUACAGCGUUGCAAUGGCGCUAUCCAGCGACAAGACUAAAAGGAACGUUUGAUGCAUACAGUCAUGUGAGUUUAAGUUUCUAGUUUUUAACUUAGUAAUCAUGAUUUUUUCUCAUUUAUGUAGUUCACUCGGGACAUAUAGUUAUUCGCUUUUACUAAUGAUUAUUUUUAUUUAACUGUACAAUUAUGUCAUUUCUGGUGUGGUCAAUUAAUUUCAAAUUUCAACAGUAUAUGUGAUGCAUAUUCUAUUAUCUAUAUUUCAAAUUCCGAAAACUUAAAAUUUUGCAUUUAUGACCAUCUACCUUAAACUGAUUUAUGAUAAUAAUUAUUUUUAUUUGUUUCAGUUGUUGUAUAACAAUGCAAUGGAGACAAUCGAUCUACGCGCAAGAAACGCAGUCUAUGAAGUUCGCAUCUUUACGAAAAUUUUGCUGCUUGCUUUGUUGCCUCCGCAACAAAUUGUAAAAGCUUUUGUACAAGUGGUUCAAAAUUUAAGCGAAAAAAUGUUUCAAACGUUUGAACUAUUUUUGAUGUACUACUUGUCACAAUGGAUCAACAAAGUAGGCCCGAGUAAUAUGUCAUUUCACAAUGAUGUAGAUUCCUUGUCAAAUUGCACUAAAAUCCAUUACAAUCGCCUGAAAAACAUGAGUGGGGUCGAGCCUGAUACGUGGUCCUUCUUGGAGUCCGCAACUUCGAUUCAAUGCGAAAGUUAUCGAGAUGUGGAUAAAUUGGCUAAGAAGAAAGCAAUCAGUAGAGGAACACCAUCUGUAAAAGCAUUGAUCGAUUCAGCAAAAAUUAAAAAUCUACUGGAAUUACUUGAAAGCGGAGGUAUUAAUGAAUUGGAGUUUUUGCAAAGAGGAGUGUCAGCAGCUGAGCAACUGGUUCGCAAUUUAAUAUUCAUAAAUCCAAUACCAAAGUCUGAAUUUGAAAUCGUUGACCUCGUACCCAUCCAUCACAAACUGACGAUCUCCAUUGCUAGCUUACGGGAAAUGGAGCCGAGGCACCCGAGUUACUUUUGUUGGGGGAAAUAA